UUUACAUUUGAUUCCGCCUUCACAAUCUCAAGUGCCCUUCCCAAACAAGUUAACUUCUGAAGUUAACUUACGAGUGUGUGUGGAUUCUAGGGUUUUUUCAAAUAUAAUCGUCGUCCACAGCAGCACACACGAGUUUUGAUCCCUAUGCUGUGCCUUUUUCAGGAUAGUUGUUUUUCUUGAGAGGCUGAUCAUUGUACAGAAUGAGUCUGGUUGAGAUCAAUGAGAAUGUGAAGCUGGCUCGAGAAUACGCGCUGCUGGGGAACUACAGCUCUGCAGUGGUCUGUUAUCAGGGCGUCCUGGAGCAGAUCAAAAAGUACCUCUACUCAGUCAGAGACUCCUCUCUACAGCAGAAAUGGCAGCAGGUUUGGCAGGAGAUAAAUGAAGAGACUAAGCAAGUUCGGGAGAUCAUGACAACACUUGAGAGCUUCCAGCUGGAGUCGACCCCAUCCAAACCCAGCAGCUUUGGCCAAGAGAAUGACAUUAUGCCUGUUCAUGUGGAGCACAGGUCAUCUCCAUGUGUAGUGCGCAAAUCCUCUGGGCCGUACAAAGACAGCAAAGGCCAUGGAAACAGGUUAAGCGCCGGCCCCCGCGGCCAGCCACGACCCUCACCGCGCUUCGCCAAUGGAGACAAGGGAAGACCUCAGAAAGGCAAAGAAAAGAAAGAAAACCCAUCAAAGCCAAAAGAUGACAAGAACAAAGCGGAGGGUGUGGAAACGGAGGUGAAGAGGUUUGACAGAGGAGGAGAGGACAAAGACCUGAUUGACAUUCUGGAGAGAGACAUAAUCUCCCAAAACCCCAAUGUCACAUGGGAUGACAUUGCUGACCUGGAGGAGGCAAAGAAGCUGUUGAAGGAAGCAGUGGUUCUGCCUAUGUGGAUGCCUGAAUUCUUUAAAGGAAUAAGACGCCCGUGGAAGGGAGUGUUGAUGGUGGGGCCGCCAGGUACAGGAAAGACAUUGCUGGCCAAAGCUGUUGCCACUGAGUGCCGAACCACCUUUUUUAACGUGUCCUCCUCCACCCUCACCUCCAAAUACAGAGGAGAGUCUGAAAAACUUGUACGGCUGUUGUUUGAGAUGGCACGGUUUUACGCCCCCACCACCAUCUUCGUUGACGAGAUAGACUCCAUAUGUAGUCGCAGAGGAACCUCUGAAGAACAUGAAGCCAGCAGACGCGUCAAAGCCGAGCUACUCGUCCAAAUGGAUGGUGUUGGUGGGACAUCUGAAAAUGACCCUUCAAAAAUGGUUAUGGUUCUGGCAGCCACAAACUUCCCUUGGGACAUUGAUGAAGCUCUGAGACGGAGACUAGAGAAGAGAAUUUAUAUCCCGCUGCCCUCAGCUAAAGGCAGAGUGGAGUUACUCAAGAUCAGUCUGAAGGAGCUUGAGCUGGCCAAUGAUGUAAACAUGGACAAGAUCGCUGAGCAGUUGGAGGGAUACUCUGGUGCUGAUAUCACCAACGUUUGCAGAGAUGCAUCUCUGAUGGCAAUGAGAAGGCGGAUUGAGGGUUUGACCCCUGAGGAGAUCAGAAACUUAUCAAAAGAUGAGAUGCACAUGCCCACUACAAUGGAGGACUUUGAGACAGCAAUGAAGAAAGUGUCCAAGUCUGUAUCUGCUGCUGAUAUAGAGAAAUACAAGAAGUGGAUAGAGGAGUUUGGCUCCUGCUGAUGAUGCCAAAGAACCUUGAUUGUUCCUCCUCACAAUCGCUGGUAGCACUUUGAAAGACUGAGGGCCAGUUUCACUAAAUCUCAGUGAGCAUUUCCAUCCUGGACCAAACUGAAUUCAAAGAGCCUAGAUAAGUCUUGCCUUAUUUGAAGUGUGUAUGUAUGGCUGUACAGAUUCAUAGUUUAGUAUUUAAUAGUAAUAGGUUGGGUUUAACAUAAUACAGGACUUUCAGAGAUGGUUAAAGGGAUAGUUUCGUCUAUUAAAAAAAAAUGUCAUUUACUCCCAUAUGAGUGCCUUAUUAUCUAUUGAACACAAAAAAUAUUUUAAGGAAUGUUGGUAACAGGUACUGAUGGCAGCCAUUGACUUCCAUAGUAUUUUUUUUCCUAGUAUGGAAGUCAGUGGCUACCGUCAACUGUUUGGUUACCAACAUUCUUUAAAGUAUCUUCUAUUGUGUUCAACAGAAGAAAGAAACUCAUACAUGUUUGGGUGAGUAAGUGAUGACAAAUUUUCAUUUUUGGGUGAACUAUCCCUUUAACACUUUCUCCUGAACUAAAGUUCACUCAUAUUAAAAUGAGUUUGUAAGGACAAAGGCUGAACUAACAUCUAGGAAAUCUAAAGUGGUUUUAGUGCUCUUAUUACAAACCCACGAUGUGUUGCCCUAUUAUAGUGUGCAAAAAUGAUAGUACUGAGGUUGUGGGCAUGCUUUUUUAUUGGCUUGUUUUGUCUAUACCUGUAAAAUCACUGCCACUGACCAAAGACCAGCAAAUCCUUCAAUCUCCAAACACUCCCUUAGGUGAAGAACUAUGCAAGCUAAUGAAUUUAAUGCUGCUGUGACAAUGUAGUUGAUUUAAAGGCCAAAGUUUCCAAAGUUGGACAACUGUCUUAAUAGUGAUGAGGCCAGUGUCUUAAAGAUAUGUUCAGCACUUGACUUUUAUAAACACUAUGGAACCAGUUUCUGGUUUAUUUCAUUAGUGACAUUCCAUUGACAUUAUCAAUUUGCAAAAUUAUAUAUUUGAAUAAAUAUUUUUUAAAUUUGAA